UUAAUCAACUGGAAUGAAACAAGAAAAGGAUGAUCAGAAAGCGCCAUCGCCAAAUCGAAGAGUGAAGACUAUUAAACGUGAUGAGAAUCGCGGCAAAUGGUCAUCGAAAACCGAAUUUAUACUCACGUUAAUGGGCUAUGCGAUUGGCAUUGGUAAUGUCUGGCGUUUCCCCUACCUCUGCUACCGCAGCGGGGGAGGUGCAUUCCUGGUACCAUAUAUGCUGAUGGUAAUAUUAUGCGGUAUUCCACUAUUCUAUAUGGAGAUAAUGAUUGGCCAAUUCUCAGGCACUGGCUGUACUGGCAUGUUUCGAUUGGUCCCCAUAUUGAAGGGCACUGGCAUUUGUAUGGUUAUUGUGAACAUGUACUGUGUUUGCUACUAUUCCGUUCUCUUAUCAUAUCCAGUACGCAUGAUAUAUUACUGCUUCUGGAAAACGGUGCCUUGGAUAGACUGCGAUCAUCCAUGGAAUACACCCAACUGCACAAGUCUUGAUAAGGUGCAAAAUGAUUAUGAGGGUCGUUUCACCACAUCGGCAGAUGAAUUCUUUCACCUGGAAGUUUUGCGAAUCUCGGAGAGCAUUAACCAUCUGGGUGGCAUGGUGUGGGAGCAGCUACUCAGUCUGUCAAUUUCUUGGAUCAUCAUUUGCUUGUGUGUGCUAAAGGGCGUUAAGUCGGUGGGAAAGGUGGCUUACUUUACGGCAUUGUUUCCCUAUGUGCUGCUAACCAUACUCUUUGUUCGAGGCGUUACCCUGCCCGGUGCGGCAACUGGCAUUAAAUUUUUCCUUUAUCCCGAGUGGCAUCGUCUGCUUGACUUGAAGGUCUGGGCAGAUGCGGCAAUACAGAUGUUUUUUGGCCUGGGCCCCGGAUGGGGCGGCAUUGUUAAUAUGGCCAGCUUUAAUAGUUUUCGCAACAAUGCCAAAUUUGACUCGAUUUUGGUAGUGUCGAUCAAUGUGUUUACAAGCAUAUAUGCGGGCAUUGUGGUCUUCUCCGUACUGGGUUUUCUGUCUUUCAAGUCGGGCAUACCCGUUGCAACAGUGGCCACAUCUGGUGCGGGUCUGGCUUUCGUUACUUACCCGGAAGCAAUUGCGUUGCUGCCUGUGCCGCAGUUGUGGGCCUUAAUGUUCUUUAUAAUGCUCUUCCUGUUGGGUAUUGACAGUGUGUUUGUGCAAUUGGAAGCCAUUUGUUCGUCGCUGCUGGAUGAGGUUGUAUAUUUGCGCAAACACAAAAUGAUGGUGAUUAUCAGUUUGUGCUCAAUCUUCUUCUGUGCAGCUACCAUUAUGUGCACUAAUGCUGGCAUGUACAUAUUGCAAUUAUUCGAUUGGUACUCAUCGGCAAUAGCGAUUAUAGUUAUCUGUUUGAUUGAGACCAUUAUGGUAUCGUAUAUCUACGGUAUUGAUAAUUUCAUGAGCGACGUUGAGUUCAUGUUGUAUGAGCGACCAGCUAUCUAUUGGAAGAUUGCUUGGAAGUAUAUAUCGCCAGUGGUGCUGACUUUUAUAUUAUUCACAAGCAUUAUAUUCAUGCGUACCAUUACCUACAAUGACGUAAAGUAUCCGUAUUGGGCCGUCCUCCUUGGUUGGUUUAGUUUUGUGUCCUCGGUUAUGUUUAUACCCAUAUACGUAUUUUACAUUAUGAUCCGCAAGCGAGAAACGAUGUGCGAUAGCCUAAAGAAACGUUUGAAGCCCUUAGAUUGGACACCAGCCGAUCCAGAAGAUCGAGCAGAUUAUAUCGAAUAUAGAAAACAGCGUAGUAUGCCAGCACUUAUGUCCGAAACAGAAGCCGAACCAGAAGGGUUGAAAUAAAAUAUUUUUAAAACUGAA